AUGCAGCUGAUUCUCACAAAGUCAAUCCAAGACGCACUUGAUACUGCACUUGUGGAUCAGCCUGGAUUCAGUGCGGCAUGUCAACGGGAAGCAGAAACGGCUGUCAAAGCUUCUCUCAAUGAAGACUAUGGCAUCUCCCUCACAUUACUGCGUGAAUUGGCUACAUUCCUCGGCAAGAAACACCCUGGACGGGUGUGGUUCCAUGAGCUUGUGCGUGGUAGUGGCGUAUACAUUGAACCCAAACCAGAAGAAGACCCUGAAGUUAAAGAAGCACGAGAAGUGUUCCUCGAUCGAUUAAGGCAAGAGCAACAAAACCGGGAAUAUGCAGCCAUGGUGAGCUCAGUGGUCGGCUCUGAAAAUGAAAGAUUUGCUUUUGGAUUACAUGCGAACGAGCUCAAACAAGUACAAGGUCAUAUUGUCACCAUCCUCAACAUUGGUCUUUCAGUGGCAGCGGUCUUUACAGCAGUAUAUAUGGGAUCACGUACAAUGACGGAUGAUGUAGGCAUUCGUGUCCUACUCUCUCUCGCUGGUGCAUUGAUCAUUGCUAUCGUUGAAACGGUUUUGUAUAUCGGUUACGCACAAAGAGUAUUAGCGCCACCAAAGAAAUCUAAAUCAAUAAAAUAG